AUGAUCUUCCUGUGGACGUCCUACGACGUGGAGCAGACGCUGCUGCCCCUGAGCAAGUUCAUGGAGGGCGACGCCGAGCAGGCCCGCGAGAGGCUCGCCAGCACAGUGGUCAUCGACGAAGUCGACGCCCACAGGGCAGUCAUGCUCGGGCUCGACAGCGUCAAAGACGACGAAGACGGGUACCAGCUCGAGGACCUCUGCCGCCGCAUGACGGAGCACGCCGAGAGGCUGGAACAGCUGGGCCGGGAGCGCAAGGCCCUGGGAUGCCCCACGUGCGGCGCGAUCAUGCUGGCGGGCAGCAGCGAGUGCGCCAACUGCGCGACCAGUGAGGAGGAGACCACGGCCACGGCCGUGAGGAAGCUGUUCUCGGAGCGCAUCCCCGUCAUCGACUUCACGAAGUCGUAUUGGAUCGCCGACCUGAUGAUCGACCGCCAGCUUGAUGACGAGGAGAGCCGCAAGUUCAGGCGCGUCUGGUACGUCUACUCGGUCUUCUCGCUGCUGGUGACCGCUGUGGUCGCUGGCUGCUUCAUGUUCUCGAUGUACAAGCACGUCUACACAGCGGCGAAGACCUGGGAGAACGGCACCUUCAGCCUUGUCAGGGUGUGUUGCUCCUGCUUCGCGGAGCUCCUGCACCUCUGCGUCACGGUGCACGUCGGGGUCGACUUCGUCCGGCAGGAGUGGAGGUCGCUCCGGGAGGAGGCGAAGCACCAGGCCGCCAAGAAUGCAGGCCUCAAGAAGGCGAAGGCGGUGGCGGCCUUCAGCCUCCGCCGCGACGCCGCGGCAUCGUCGAGCGCGUGA